CUGACUGGCACGCCCCCAAACAGAUGCCCACAACAACAAGCGACAUGUAACAGCAAUGAAGGUAACAUAACACUGGGGGUUGCUGGAGAUAAAACACGUAGGAAGUGUGUGUAACCGUUAUGUGAUGGACAAAGGGAAAGGACUGUCCCCUUCAAAUGGAAGAGCCUUAGCUUGUUUCCCCAGGUCAAAUGAUACUUCAGCUGAGUACUGGCACAGCACUCCAGUUAAAAGGAAUACUGGUGGUGUUUCACUGGAUGCUAGCCAACCCUCUGUCCUAAGCAGCGUCAAGAUGGACAGUACAGCGCAACGGUGGGCCAGAAGUACGCCUCCCCUCCCAGCAGACGACCUGUGUCCCCCCAGCUCGCAGGACACCGAGUGUCCUGUGAAUGAUCCAAGUGGCUCCACCAUCCAAAAGCAGAGGAGGGAGCUCAAGCUGCUGAUGGCUGAGCUGAAGGACCGGGACAGGGAGCUGAACGCUAUGGCUGCCUCCCAUCAUAAGCAGCUCCACGCCUGGGAGCAAGAUCGCCACAGGGUGCUGACCUUGGAGCAGAGAUGUGCCCGUUUGGAUGAUGAGUUGCAGAAGCGUAACGAGGUGAUCAGAGUCCUGACCAAACGUGUGUGGGUGGUGGAAACCCGGGAGGAGGUGGUCCAGAAGGAGCUCAGCGUAGCCCAACAGCAGAUCUGUGCGCUUGAACAGAAACAGCAGAACAUCAGCCAAAAAUGUCAAGACUUUGAGGAGCAGAACCAAAGUCUCAACUCCACGGUCGUGGCUCUGUCCACUCAAGUCGGCUCUCUGCAGGUCAGGGAAGAAGAACUGAGCUCCAUGCUCAAACUCAAGGACAAAGAUGUGAUGGAGGCCUCUGGUCAUUUAGGCAACCUCACAGGGCACCUACGAGACCUGGAGACAUCGCUGACAGAGAGUCGCUCGCGAGAAAGCAAACUCCUGAGAGACUCUGAGGAAAAUAAACGUCGCUACAGAGAGGCCAGGAAUGAGAUCACACACCUUAAAGAGGAGCUGCAGCAGCAGGUAACACAGAGCAGCACCCAGCGAGAGGAGAUCAUCCGUCUCAAACAGGAGCUGCAGCUGCUCCGUAGAGAUCUGGCGUUGUCAGGGGAGGGAGACUGCUGGAGAGAUGAGCUGCUCGAUUUGGCUCGCUCCAAACAGGAACGCACCAUGUCAGAGCUCCGCUGCCUACGUCAGGUGUGUGAGAAUCAGCGGAAUGACCUGCAGCUCCUGCAGUUGAACCUGGAAACUGCACGUGAAACCCUGCAAGAAAAGACCGCUCAGGGGUCACCUGGCAGUCAGGAGGAGUUAAGAUGUGUCUGUCUGGACAGCCGGUCACCUUCUUCGCUCAGAGUGAAGAACUCCAGACCUUUACGUGACGCUGCCUCUCCACCAGCAGCCAAUCAGCAAGCCGCAGCCAACUGUGACCUGGGAGUCUUCUCUGCACACUCGAUUGAUGGUGAUGAUCCUCUGUCCAGCUGUUCCCUGCUGCAGCUGUUGGAUGAGUCCAGACUGCUCGUCCGCAGCUCGGGACCCCACAACUCUGUACACAGUAACAGUGUCCCUCCUAUGAGCUGUGGGGCCACUGACCCUAUUUACUCCAAUAAGUGCCAGACAUCCCACCACCAGCACCUUCUCCACCCAACCACACCGACGUAUGAGGCUGGUGAAACUCCACCCAAGGCCUGUCCUCGACACCAGCCAGCCAUGUGGACGGUUUGACAUUCCCUGAAGCACAGAUUUUAUUUUUAGUGGAAACUCCUGGAUUUACCAAAGUGGUUCUGUGUGCUUAACUUUUAAGUGGAGUCAAUUUUCAAAAUGAGUGUGCCUACAGAACUUGAACGCACACAGGUGAAAGGUUGAACUGCCUCUCAGGGAGAUGACGCAGCGAUAAAAAUUCAUUCAUAACAUGAAUUUGUAACUCUGUAUACCCUAAAUGUGGUUUUUAAUUUGGUGCCAAAGCAUUACUUUGCAUCAUUUCUUUGGGGGGGAUUCAUACAUACACACAUACAAGUUAUUUUAUUGCCCUGUUUCAGAUUUGUAAAGGCUGCAUUGUGUGAAGUGGGAGAGAUGUGAAACCAGUCCUACAGGCUGAGUGGUGUGUCCUUCUUUAGUCUUUCCAGUUUCACAGCCUGCCGAUGUGACGGUGACUCAAGAGGAAAUGUCGAUGCUGUAAAUAGUGUUUUACAAUUUGUAACGUUCUCAUCCACUUUUGAUUAAAAAACAUAUUUAUACAUAAA